CCAAUAAUAGAUACAUGGAGUCUGGAUACAACGAGGAUGAAGAGUCAAAGUAUCUGAUGUACUAUGAUGUCAACAACCUAUACGGAUGGGCCAUGAUACAAUCCCUGCUAUGUGAUGGCUUCAAAUGUGUGGAAGACCUGAAUUGUGACUUCUUCAAUGUUCCCGAUGAUGCUUCUGUAGGAUACACCCUGGAAGUAGAUCUGGAGUAUCCAGAAAGUCUCCAUGAUGCUCACAAGGACCUUCCACUCUGUUCAGAGCAUGCUGCACCUCCAGGCUCAAACCAAGAAAAGGUGCUACCCACUCUAAAUAGUAAGGAGCGGUAUGUCCUGCAUUACGUCGCUCUCAAGCAAGCUCUCAAGUACGGGUUUCGAUUGAAGCAUAUCCAUCGUGCUCUCCAGUUUGACCAGAAGCCAUGGUUGAAGCCAUACAUUGACCUGAACAGCGAGAUGAGGAAGAAUGCGAAGAAUGAGUUCUAGAAGAUGCUCUUCAAACUCUUCAACAACGCAGUGUAUGGUAAGACCAUGGAAAAUGAGCGCAAGAGAGUCGACGUGAAGCUGGUAAAUAAGUGGGAAGGUCGCUACGGAUGUGAGGCAUACAUUGCUCAGCCCAACUUCCACAGCUGUGCGAUUUUCAACUAGAAUCUCGUGGCAGUCCAGCUUGCCCGAACCAAGAUCUCAGUCCGCAAGCCGAUCUACAUCGGAUUGACAGUGCUGGACUUGUCAAAAAGUCUUGUUUACCGCGUCCACUACGAGUACAUACAAAAGCGGGUGGGAGACAAGGCCAAGCUCCUCUACACAGACACAGUCUCAUCUAUGAAGUAAGCGAUGUAGAUAUGUACGCUGUAAUGAAGACUGACCUUCAUGAUUUCGACACUUCUGAUUAUCCGGUCGAUAAUCAAUUCAACAUUCCUCUAGUCAAUAAGAAGAUAGUCGGACUCAUGAAGGACGAGUGCAAUGGCAACAUCAUGACGGAGUUUGUUGGCCUCCGUAGCAAGAUUUACUCCAUUAAGGUACAAGGACAGCAACCUAUCAAGAAGGCAAAGGGUAUGAAGUCGUCAGUCGUCAAGUCAACCAUUGAGUUUGACGACUACAUCCAUUGUCUUCGAGACAAGGCAACGAUCUCCCGACAACAAAAGCACAUCCGCAGCCGCCUCCACGUUAUCAAAACCGAGAAGGAGCAUAAGAUCGCUCUGAGUCCACUUGACGAUAAGCGAUACCUCAUCCCCGGUCAGACGGAUACUCUACCGUGGGGUCAUUACAUGAUUGAUGGAUAUCAGCUUAUCGAGGAAGAUGAGCCAUCUGCGAAGAGAGUCAAAUUACAUUAGAUCACAGCUCUACUGCGCAGACUCCCUGCCGACCAAUCCGAUGUGUGAGCCGCCGUCACCGCUGGUAGUAGUGGUGGGGAAGACUUACUUAAGGAAGCCCAAUGCUCUCGAAAUCAUUCUCGAUCAACGAGCUAAAGAGCAAACACCUCAAAGAUGAACGCUAUCAACAAGAUUGCCAGCGGAGGAUUCCUUCCCACGAAGAAGAUGUCUUAGCUACAGACCGGACAGAAGCAUAGGGUGACAUCCCUACGUCCAGUCAAAACCAGAUAUGGACUGAGAAUUGUGGCUACUCUAGACGAUGAUUGUCAGGUGUUCCUCCCUUCCCGUGUAUUAGCUGCAUUGGAGAAGGACAAAGAGACAUUUGAGAGUAUGUCUAGUCAAGCCAAGGAGAUGAAGCUGUCCCUGACCUAAAAUGCGAAAAUAACAUUGAAUUUUGUAUUGUCUAAAUGUUAACCAUUGUAAAUAAUUGUUUGAAUAAAUAAAGGAAGUU